UCAAAAUGAUUUAGCAAGAAACCACCACCACCUGCCCUGUAACAAGGCAGGCAGCCCUCACCCGGACCAGGGCAGUUUGCAGAGCCUGCCCCUGCCCCACCAGCCACAACCACGCUCCCUAGCACCACCCCAGUGACGCACAACCAGCACUGCCUUCCACGCAGCCAUGCAGCCGGCCUGGGUGCUGCUUGCCUUCUGCAGUCUCAUCUUGAGCACCACUCUGGACCUGUCCCCAGAUUUUUGUUCUCAGACCUUUAACUCAGAUCUGAAGCCAGGAUUUCCCAAAACAAUCAAGACCAAUGACCCAGGAGUCCUCAAAGCAGCCAGACACAGUGUUGAAAGGUUCAACAACUGCACAAAUGAUAUCUUCUUGUUCAAGGAGUCUCAUGUCAUCAGAGCUCUGGUCCAGAUAGUGAAAGGCCUGAAAUACAUGCUGGAUAUGGAAAUCGGCAGAACUACUUGCAAGAAGACCAAGCAGCCCAGUCUGGACAACUGUGACUUCCAAACCAACCACACCUUAAAGCUGACUCUCUGUUGCUACUCUGAAGUCUGGGUCAUCCCCUGGCUCCAGAAGUUCAAAGUACCCAUUCUCCAUUGUCACUGACUUCCGCCUCUCCGCAAUACUACAGCUGCUGUCACUCUUGAAAUAGUAUCUUCCGGCAAGCAGAAUGGAAGUGCCUAUGGGUUCAUUACAGCUGGGAUGGUAGAAUGACUGUCCUACAGUUAAAUUAAAUACUUGACAUUCUCUUCUAGACUGAGUCCUCCAAUGGGAAUGUUUUGGGUUCUCAAUCCCUGAAGGAUCCCCUCCCACCCAAUUACCAGUGGCCCUGAUUAUUCCAUGGUCCCAGGUCUCGGAUGAAAGCCCAGAGAUCUGUCCUUUCGUUUGAACAGUUACAGCACUGAACAAAAGGACUAAGUGUGCUAUGGAGCAUCUUGACCUUUCAAGGAUGAUGAAAGUUACAGAUAAAUAUGAAUAAAGAACUAACCUUCUCAAAGCAA